CUUCUUUUUUCUAAUUAGAUAUUUCCUUUAUUUAUAUUCCAAAUGUUACCCCCUUUCCUGGUUUCCCCUCUGAAGACCCCUAUCCCCUCUCCCCUCCCCUUGCUCCCCAACCUACCCACUCCCAUUCCUGACCCUGGCAUUCCCCUACACUGGGGCAUAGAGCUUUCACAGGACCAAGGGCCUUUCCUCCCAUUGAUGAGCAACUAGGCCAUCCUCUGCUACAUAUGCAGCUGGAGCCAUGAGUCCCACCAUGUGUUUUCUUUUGGUUGGUGGUUUAGUCCCAGGGUGCUCAGGGGGUACUGGCUAGUUCAUAUUGUUGUUCCUCCUAUGGGGCUGCAAACCCUUUCAGCUUCUUGGGUCCUUUCUCUAGCUCCUUCACUGGAGACCCUGUACUCAGUCCAAUGGAUGGCUGUGAGCAUCUGCCUUUGUAUUUGUCAGGCACUGGCAGAAUCUCUCAGGAGACAGCUAUAUCAGGCUCCUGUCAGCAAGCACUUGUUGGCAUCCACAAUAGUGUCUGGGUUUAGUGACUGUAUAUGGGAUGGAUCCCCAGGUGGGACAGUCACUGGAUGGCUUUUCCUUCAGUCUCUGCUUGGAGUUCUCCUUUUCAUUUAUUGAGGUCCAGACCACUGUGGGCAAACUAUUCUCCUGGGCAUGUGGUCCUGAGCUAUUCGAAAAGAUAGCUCAACUUACACCUGCCUACAGGCCAGCAAGCAGUAUCCAGCACGGGUCCUGCCCGACUUCUUUGGCUGAUGCUGUGAUAGCAACCAGGCCUGCCUUCAACUUUCCUCAAUAAUAAACUGUGACUUGAAGCUGUAAGCAAAAGCAAGCCAUUUCCUCCCAUAAGUUGCUUUUGGUCAGAGUAUUUUAUCACAGAAAGAGAAUGGAUGGAAGAGGCUGUCAGGGGAGGCAUUCCCUGCAUUCGGCAGGAUUCAGCAGAGUCCUUGCAUGUAUCUACUGAAUGCCAGCAUUACCAACUGAGGAACUCAAAAGUAUGUGCAAAUAUUGGCAAAUGACUCAUAGGGAGCAAAACUAUCUUCAUUUAAAAUUUAUUUAUGCCAUAUUUAAGGCAUGUUUAUUUGACUGUACUACAAAGAUUAAUUGCCAGAAUUCAAAGGUAAUUUAUAAAAAGUUGAGAUCCAAGAUGGCGGCCAGCAGGAGGCUGAUGAAGGAGCUUGAAGAGAUCCGCAAAUAUGGAAUGAAAAACUUCUGUAACAUCCAGGUUGAUGAAGAUAAUUCAUGGACUUCCCAAGGGCUUAUUGUUCCUGACAAGCCUCCAUAUGACAAGGGAGCCUUCAGAAUUGAAAUCAACUUUCCAGCAGAGUAUCCAUUCAAACCACCCAAGAUCACACUUAAAACAAAGAUCUACCACCCUAACAUCGAUGAGAAGGGGCAGGUGUGUCUGCCAGUCAUUAGUGCUGAAAACUGGAAGCCAGCCACCAAGACUGACCAAGUAAUCCAGUCCCUCACAGCACUGGUGAGUGACCCCCAGCCUGAGCACCCACUCCGGGCUGACCUAGCUGAAGAAUACUCUAAGGACCGUAAAAAAUUCUGUAAGAAUGCUGAAGAGUUUACAAAGAAAUAUGGGGAAAAGCGACCUGUGGACUAAAAUCUGCCAUGAGUGAUUCCAGCAAGUUUGAGCAGAGACCCCGAGCAGUGCAUUUAGACACCCUGCAAAGCAGGACUCUGUGGAAAUUGACACGUGCCACCAACUGGCGUCCGCUUGUGGCAGUUACUAACUUUCUACAGUUUUCUUAAUCAAAAGUGGUCUAGGUAACCUGUAAAGAAGGAUUAAAAAAUUC